AUUCAAGCGCGCGUUCCCAACAGUGUUCGUUUUGUGUCGCUAGCACCGCGACGCGACGCGACCCGACCUACCUUUCCGUCGGGACGCCGCGCCUCUCACACACACGCACGCACGCGCACGCCGCGACGACUUUUUGGCGCGCGUCCAGUCGAUUUUCCCGAGCCGGCCGACUGACUGCUGGGCCAACUCUGCCCUUUACCCCAUUAAAGUUUCCAAUAGUCGUGCUGGGACAACGUGCUGAGAAUUGCCACCGAAAAUCUCACUCGAUCAAGAUAGUUGAGAGAGUGAGUAGUCAGUCCAGUCUGACGAUGCGGACUCCGUUGGCAGGGGAUGACGAUGUAGCGGUGACGAGGUGCGAUGAUGAUGUAGGCCUACUGCAGCAGCUGUGUCGUUGUCGUGUCUCCCAGUCGUCAUGGCGAUCAUAAAGUCGUGCUGCUGUUGGCGAUCUCUCAGAAAAGGAUGCUACGCCAGCGCCGUCUAUACUGGGCUCUACUUCCUUCUAACCUUCAGCAUAAUGCUGGGAUUCAUUUACGACGAGCGACAUUACUAUUCGGGGACAGUCGAAAUUCCCAUGAGUCCCAGUGUCCUGGAGCCGGAGGCCUUGUCACCAACUACAAUGACUUUCCAACUAGUCAUCUUGGUGUGGUCUUCCCUUGGUAUUGUAACAUCAAUACUACUUGUCUACGGCAUAUUCAGAGAUAAGAGAGAGCUACUCGUACCUUGGAUUAUAACGGUUAUUUGUACAGUAAUGGUGGAUUUGGUUCACACCACAUACAUGUUUUCAGCGGGAACAAUAUCCUUCAACCCCAUUACAGCCUUUUUGUAUACUUCGGAUUUCUUUCUACAUAGUUUGAAUGCCUACUGCGUACUUUGUGUAGUGUCACAGUAUCAAGAAUACAAAGCUGGAAGAGGAACGGCAGACUGCUAUAGAAAUACAAUGGCGGUGCGAUUUGUGGCUCGUCCGGGUGCCACGGCCACCACGUGCGAGAGUUCGCGCCGACAAGCGACGACCACGUGCCUGGACUUGCAAAGUCCCUCCUGCGCCACCUCCACCCUCGACUCCGAUAAGCUGUCCCGCAAGCACGUGCAGUUCGGGGGCGGCGGGGGCGGCGAGGAUAUCAGUCCCGACCAUCUCCACGUCAACUGGCGGGAGACCACCUCCAGUCCCAGAUCGGAGACUGGCAGUACUCCACCUUGGAUUCUAACUGGUACCAAAUCAGCGAGAAAACCAACGAAUUUGGACACGGUACCACUGAUUAGCACUCCCAGCCCUUCACCAACAAGUGAGAAAAAAUAAAAACUUUGAAAAUACGAAAAAAAAAUUGUGAAAGGUAUUGAUCAAUCGAACUUAAUUCAAGAUCUAUAAUACUUUUCAGAGCAUUCGAACUCGAUUUAAAUGGAUAUGAUGUGAUUAGAAUGGAACUACCCAAUAUGUGAUCAAUAAAGUUUUAUGUGAUUGUUC